GCGCGCACGAUGAUGAGAAAGGCGCAGAAGGACACGAGGCCACCGGGUGAAUAAGAAGGUUGCGAAGUGUCUGUUGUGAGCGAGGAUAUAUUCAAGGCCAGCGCUCGUUUUUGCCGUUCGUCUUUUUCUGCCCCGCACUCGUCGCGUCCUCCAGCUCCACCAACCACUUCAACAAACUCGCCAUUCGACACGCGAGUGUCGCAGCAAUUAUAUCGCGAUCCAUGCGAUCAGACCGCCAUGCUAGAUCCACUAAUUCAGAGGAAAGGUCCGUAGCCCGGGGAGCGUCUGAACCAUCGCUCUCGCCGCCCAGACGUGGCAAUGGUCCUUCGAAACGCUCUCUGCGUGGGCGAUCAGGCUGUUUGAAUUGUCGACGGCGACGCAAGAAGUGCGACGAGACCAAGCCAAACUGUGCAAAAUGCGAACGACUAGGAGAGGAGUGUGAAUGGGACUCUGGCCUCAGUUUCCGCUUCAAUUCGCUCGAAGCCGACCAUCCAAGUAUGAUAGCCGGCCAAAAGGUCGCCGUUGCAAUACCAAGUCUUCAGAUGGUAGACGUGGUUUUCGACACGGAAACGCAUGAGUGCAAGGAAUACUCAAAUGGCCAAGAGUUUGCCGCAACUGAUGAUUUCGUUGCUGAAAAGCAUACACCGUUGGAAUGGCAUAUGGACUCGGCCACUCAGGAGGUUGGGCAGUCCGUAGAACCUCAGGGUACACAUGCGAUUUCGCCAGAGACACAGCGAUAUCCCUUGCUGAGGACACAAUCACAUGAACAUAACGACAGUCUCGACAGUCGACGCUCUAUCAGCUUCACAGCUGGAGAACAUGAGUCUCAGCCUCAUGUUGCCUUUCAAACACCAAUUUCGGCGCACAGUCUGCCCAUGAUCCAGGAGAACGAUUUGCUCGAUUUCUCCAUGCCGGAACUUGAACCACUCGAUUAUCUUACCGACCGUGAUGCCUUUACAUUUGGCGACUCCUUGUGGCCGCCGAUAGAUGAGAAUACUUUGAUGGAUCUGGAUCAUGUGCCUUCCGAAUCGCCGGAUAUGUAUGCCAUGUACUAUCCAAACGCCACAUAUCGAGAGUUGCACACUACCCUUUACAACCAUAUGGUGGAUACAGCUCGUGGUACUGGCCUCACGCGGAUAGGCACACCCGAAUCCGAUAAAUCUCAGACUGAUGCACCCGCACAUGAGCCGGUCAGACGCACUUCACAGUGGGAGCACUCAGAACCUGAAAGAUUCAAGCCCAGCAAUCUACCAAAGGGCAUGACUGUACGGCGAGAGAUGGAGCUUUGGCGAAAUUAUCUGGAUGAAAUCGCCCUCUGGUUGGACAUGUUCGACAACGAUCGCCACUUUCAAAUCCAGCUGCCUAUUCUCGCUCGAGGUUCGGAAUCACUGCGAUUAUCGAUUCUGGCCCUGUCUGCAAGACAAAUCGAGCGAAGAGAUCCGGAUAAGCCAUACACCGAGAGCCUAGCGUUGUAUCAAGAAGCUAUUCGACUUAUUGCCAACGAGCUAGAGAGUAUGAGUACGGAGGUGAUUGGAAGCUGUGUUCUGCUUUGCGUGCUAGAGAUGAUGAGCUCUUCCCCCAAGGAUUGGUCGCGACACCUGAACGGUGCAGCUAUGCUGCUCAAAGCUGCCGGAAUCAACGGUGUUGUCGGAGGUACAAGACAAGCUAUCUUCUGGUGUUUCGCUCGGAUGGACAUGUGGGGCGGCUUUCUCUCUGACUCACACACCAAGAUACCGACAAGCCUAUGGUUCCUGCCAACAGGCACAAUGUCUACAGCAAUCUCAAGAUUCAAGACCGACUUUCAGAAUUUCGACAACUACGCGAAUUACUCGCUCUUCCUGUGCGCAAGCGUAUUGAACGUCGUGUCAAGCCGUGGUACCUCUGUCGAACGCGGAAGCUCGUAUAGUGCCAAAUGGAAAGCUCUGUUCGAUCUUCUCGUCGACUGGCACGCCAAAAGACCUCCGGAGAUGCGUCCGUUGACACCGCGCUCAAACGAGAGAGACGACGAGGGUCCCUUCCCUGUUGUGAUUUACACCAAUGCUGCAGCGGUCAGUGCUAAUCAACUGUACCAUACCGCGACUUUAUUGAUGCUGCAGGCGAAACCAAAUGAUGUCAGGAUACGAGGACAAAGGAGUAUAUUCUGGCAUGCUCGACAGGUGAUUGGAAUUUCGGUGAGCAAUCUACUGCAUGCUGCUUGGACUAAUGCACCACAACCACUGUAUAUCGCUGGAAAGGUCAUGUCUAGCAAGGCAGAACAUCGUGUCGUGUUGGAAGCGCUAGCAGAGAUUGAGAGGACAACUGGUUUCGCUACUCAAUGGAGAGCACAGGAUCUGAAAGAGUACUGGGGCGACGAGGCGGAUUGAAGAUCGGUGUCACAUGAAGUUGUGUAUAUUCACGAUGUCGCCUCCAAGGUUUGUGGACCGGCCAAUUCUUCUUGUCCCACAUGUCGUCU